AGUUUAUAACAAUUUCGUCUAUUCGACAAUUACUCGUGUUCAAGUUUGUUUAACGUUCACUCAUUUUUGAAAUAAUAUUCCUUCCUAGAAAAUGGGCGAUACUGACCCAAUGGAUCACGACUCUUGUGUUGAAUCACUUACAUCCUGGUUUGAUUAUCUCUCAUUGGAAUCUUUUCUUGGAUGUGGGUCGUUCGGUUACGUUUUUAAGGGGAUAAGUGGGCAGACCAACCUUUCCGCCGUGAAAGUCAUAUUUAUCGACGCCAUCGGCAACCAGUUAGACUACGGAGAAGAUAACCUUCGCCUCUCCCGGGAGUACAAACUAAUGAGAGGAAAGAAACACGACAAUUUGGUCGAAAUAUUAAAAGCAACCGACACACCUUUCACCGAAGAAGAUGUCAACGUCCUGCGAAAUAUUAGAUGUCUUCAGAACAAUGACGACGUCCUUGACCAACUGCACUCGCUAUCGUUUCGAGCACAACGAAAGAAACAAAUUCCUACCCUCUGCAUUCAAAUGGAGUUAUGCGGUAAGACGUUGCGUCACUGGUUGACCAGAAAUAAUGAGAUUGACAACCCAGAAUUGCACCCAAUUCGAAAGAAAAUAGUUAUGGAUAUGUAUGAAGGGCUAAAAUACCUGCACAACAAUAAAAUCAUGCAUCGCGACUUUCGCCCAGAAAAUAUUAUGUUUUCCUUCUCACAAACUGGAGAAGAAUUCGCAUUUCCCGUUAAAGUGGGAGAUUUCGGGCUAUGCCGAAACGUCCAUGGGGAACACACUGUCACCAAAACACUAACCUGUUUCGUAGGAAGUGUCACGUAUCGAGCUCCAGAAACUAAUUUUUCUGAUUACAGUAUCCCCGCAGACUUGUACUCGUUUGGUUUAGUGUCGUGGGAAAUUCUCCAGCAAAUUAAGCAGAAAGAUACGAGAUCAAUGUUCCACAGGCUGGUGCAUGAUGCAGAAACUAGUCUAAUUAAGGGAACAGAUUGGUGGUUCCGAAAUUGGACUAAUAUUAUCAUUAAUCUUACCAAGAGACGCGUUCAAGAUAGAAUUAAAGGACAUGGUGAUAUAUUUUUGAUCGACUCUCGUCAAGUUACUGUUGAAUCACAUGAGGAAUUUUCCUUCAUCCAAGGGCAAUUAGUGGCAGGUGAUAUCAUAAAUAUUAAUAUUAUGGAGGAUAUUGUCAAGUCUUACCAUUUUGUAGAGGAUAAUUUAACCUUUAAUGGGGUUAAUGCUUUGAGUCAUCAAAAUGUGAGGAUUGUUAUUGGUGGAAAUCAUUGUACAAUUAAUAAUUUGACAUUGGAAUUUUUAGGUAUAAAAGGUAAUAAUAAUGUUGUCAGUAACGUAAUUUGUGACUUUGUGGAUGUUAUAGGAGAUGAAAAUCAAUUGAGUAAUAUUGAAAUUUGUCACCCCGAAGGCCCCGGACGCUGCGUCAGGUUUGGAAUCAUUAUUCGUGGGAAUAAUAAUGUUUUAACAUCGUUCAAUUGUUAUAAUGUCUCUGUUUGCGAGGAGGCGAAAAAUCAUGUGUAUAACAUUGAACCAGGGGCUGAUAAUUUGUAUGCAUUUGUCCAACAAUAUGGCUCACUAUGCCUUUAUGUGUCACACUUUAGUCAAUCAUGUACAAUUAAUGGUGCUACUUUUUGCAAUGGGUUGAUCGAAGGAACAAAGCAUAUUUUGAGGGUUAUUAAGUGCAGUAAUGCUAUUCAAAUUUGUGGGAAAGACCACACUGUAGAGGACGUAGAAGCUCUUAAUCUUAUUGAUGGUUGGACAAAAACCGAGUUUUGGAACUUCAUUCCAAAAUCAACCUUGGAAAAAUGAACAUGGUGUGAAAAACAAUGGGUUAAGGGCAUAAUUGAAGUGCAUGGUGAAAGACCACAUACUAAGGUAUCUCUGAAAAAAGAUUGGCUUUGGUCGCACAAGUACUUUUGCAAAACAUGCAUUUUCUUUUUGCAGUAAAAAGGUUACCGGAAUAAAUCAACACCCUUUAUAUAUAUGAAGUUGUAUUUGUUGAAGGUAUAACUUCUGCGUGAUAGCCCCAUUUGCGUCAUAUGUCCCAUAUUAAGUUGGAAGAUGACAUAUGACCUGUGGAAUUCGACAUGGUUAAAAGAUUUGUAUAAAGCCUUCGGGAUAGUGUAGGUUCGAAUCAUACCAACCAGUUUUUGUCCCGGGAGAUUUUUUUUACUCCAUUCUUGGCCACCAAUCAGAAUUUCCGAAUUUCCAGCAACCCCCGAAUUAGUGAUUUUCACUGGCUUUAAAUUGUCACCUGACGUGACCCGAAAAAGACGUCGCAGUACUUCAAAACCGAAAGAUGUCUCAAAACGACAAUCACCCUAUAUAUUUCGAAGUAUAAGGAUGACAAAAGGUGAAAUUCGGAAAACAUUCUGGCCCACCUCUCGUCACAGCCACUCAUCAAAAUGUGAAACCCAUCAAAAUACUCAUCACCAACAACUCUUCCCUGUAAAUUUUCCCCGCCACUUGGAAGCUGAAAAUUUUAAAAAGUUUGUUGCGCAGCCUGAAAGUUCAUAAAUUGAGGAGUACAGAAAAAAAUAUACAAAGUUUCCAGAAGUACGAUAAAGACCAAAAAAUUACUGUCCAAAGAUUUUGCCAAAAAAUGUGUCGAUGAAUGUCAUUAAAAUUAUGGUUAACAAACACGAGACCUACGUCGACCCCGGUCCCUUAGAGACUUC